AUGGUGUGCUGGACUUUCAUGCCGCACAAGUUUACUCCAAGCUACAACUUUUACAAUCGUAUUGAUUGCGAUUACCAUGCCGCAAAAACCCUUUUCAAUGCAGGUUUUUGCAAUUUUGAGAAAGAAGAAGAAGAAGAAGAAGAAGAAGGAGAGGAGGAAAACAAAGGAUUAACUACCCUGAUGCGGGUUGCCAGGUCGAGUCAAUAUAUUGGUCGCGCUAGGCUCAACAAAGUGCUACACACAAUAGGAUUCCUGAUUUCUAAGGGUGCCGACGCUAACAGAACUCGACGUGAAGAUGGUCGCACAGCACUGCACUUCCUUGGAUCUAGCAUUUCAAUGAUCCUUAAGGCUCAAGUUCAAGAUCUAGCAAUGCCACCUCAUUCGAUGGGGACCACCAGUAUGUCACCAGGCAUCCGGGAAAAGGAAAAUUUCGAGAUAAAAUGGCCUCAAUUGAAUGAUAACGGAUGGGACCUUUUGGAGACUCUCUUCAUGGAUCGUCACUGUGAUUCGUGUUCGUGCGCAUGCUCAUCGCAUGGAUGCCUUCCAUGUACAGGGAUUUUUGGGGAACUAGUAACAUGGGAAGACUCGCCACCCAAUGUUCAAGCUAUGGCUGAAUUAAUCCGUACCUUCAGUGAUCGGAGGGGUCCUGGAUCAGUGAAAACAUGUCACGAUACACUGGCCCCAACUGUCCUUCGAGUUUGCAUCUUUGGAUAUUUGGAGCUAACCCACACAUGCUGCAAGAGAACCGGUGGUUGGGAGAAUACCGUCCAACGUGCGGAAAUGCUAGAUGAUUUUUCACAUAUCCGGGACGAACAGCGACUACUGAUCAAGGAACUUGAGAAGCUAACUGCUUUCUUCAUGUCGAAGUAUCAUGAGAUGGGACUGGGAUUACCGGAGUUUUUGCUUGAAUACUGGUCAGUCGAGAUCAGAAAAGUCUCUAAGCCAGACCCUGAGGAAAUUGAGAGGAUCAAGAGUAUUGGUGUUGUAUUGGAUGAAUGA